AUGAGCUUCCUCAAGCGCUUCCCGCCGCCGGCCGACGGUGUUCGCCACCAGCAGCCGGACACGGAGGCGCUGCUGGCGGGCCGCAGCCUGGGCGCCGGCACCCUCUACAUCGCCGAGAGUCGCCUGUCUUGGCUGGAAAACUCUGGGGUUGGCUUCUCCUUGGAUUACCCCACCAUAAGUUUACAUGCCGUCUCCAGGGACCUCAGCGCCUACCCAAGGGAGCACUUGUACGUCAUGGUGAACGCCAAGUUCGAAGAGGACACAAAAGAGGCUCCCAUGACUGAAGGGGAGGAGGAUGACAGUGAUGAUGAUGACGUUGAACCGAUUGCAGAAUUCAGAUUCGUACCUAGCGACAAAUCAGCCUUGGAAGCCAUGUUCUCAGCGAUGUGUGAGUGCCAGGCCCUGCACCCAGACCCAGACGAUGAGGACUCAGACAACGAUUAUGAAGGGGACGAGUACGAUGUUGAGGCCCGCGAGCUAGAACAAGGAGACAUCCCAAGCUUUUACACAUACGAAGAGGGAUUGUCGCAUUUAACCGCAGAAGGCCAGGCCACGCUGGAGAGGUUAGAAGGCAUGUUAGCCCAGUCUGUCAGCACCCAGUACAACAUGGCUGGAGUGAGAACAGAGGACUCCAUAAGGGAGUUUGAAGAUGGGAUGGAGGUGGACGUAGCACCGGUAGUUGCUGGACAGUUUGAAGACGCUGAAGUCGAUCACUGAGGAGGACAGGAGUUGCUAUUCCUCUUGUGGCACUUGCAGAAUAAGCUGUAAAACCGAAGGCAUUGCAGUGACUAUCGGGUGUUAACCUUUCUUUUAAUGACCUAAGUUUAGACAUCUAGGUCUGUAAAUGCUUGUAGAGAUGUUUGAAGCAGGGUUUGACAUUUGUGACCACUAUGGGGUUAUUUAAAAAAACAAAAUAAACAAAAACAAUAAAACCUCUUGCAUCUAACACUUGAAUGGGGCUAAUCAGGGGUCAUUUCAUAGAAUCACAGAAUGAUUUGGGUUGGAACAGACCUUAAAGAUCAUCUGGUUCCAACCCCACCUGCCAUGUGCAUGGACGCCAUUGAGUAGAUCUGGUUGGUCAAGACCCCAUCCUAACCUGGCAGUGAACACUUCCAGGGAUGGGGCAGCCACAGUCUCUCUGACCAAACUCUCUGGCCUUUUAAAGAAGUCUUUGUAGGAAUUCUUGGACUUCAGAAAAAAACCUGUAAGUAGAACAGAAUUUUGGACUGUCCUAGAAUUUUCCAUAUUUUUUUACCUGUCAUUGACUCUGGAGUAGAAAUGGGAAUAGAAAUGUUCCGACUGAAAGGAAAUAGGGUUGGCCAAGGAUUAAAGGAAAAGCUAAAUUAAAACCCCCUUGAGUAAUUGGUUUUAUCAUUUCAGUGCUAUGCCUUUCAUUUCUCUGAGAGCUGAGCUUGGGUGGUAGAGGAGAUGGAAUAAAGGCUGUAAGGUCCAGACAAAAAGAACUGUUUUGUGUCUUUGUAUUAAAUGUUAACAUUGUUAAAUAAACUAAGAUUUUUGUAUCUCACAACCAG